AAGAAAAUGACGAGCGAAGGCGCAGCCCACUCUCCGCUGUGAGUCAGCGCAGUACCUGCGCCCGAAGCCGGGGGCAAGCGGGAGGGAGGGAGGCUGGCCGCUGGAUGAAAGCGCUCUGACUGUUAUGGUCUAACAGGCGUGUGGGGAAGAGCAGCUUCAAGCAAAACCCGCGGCGGAGUGGGACACUCGCUUCUAGUGCUCUGUUUUCACCGACGCUGCGGAUGGCCCCUUUCUCCUCCUGCUAUGGUAGACGUGGGUGAAAUGAGGAAGACUUUCCUCGUCCCGGAGAUCAAACCUUUGGAUCAUUACGAUUUCUACAGGGCGAAAAUCGCCGGGAGCCUGUCGUGGCUGAUAGCGCGAUCCUACGGAUCAGGGAAUGUACCGGAGGAGCUGAGGGAGCCAUUUUACACUGACCAGUAUGACCAGGAGCACAUCAAGCCUCCGGUCAUCCGCCUGCUUCUCUCCUCGGACAUCUACUGCCGGGUGUGUGGUCAGACGCUGCCACGGGAUGAGCUCGGCCCGCCACAGGAUAACACGGCUGUCCUGCAGGCUCUGCUGCGGAGAGGACUCCAGGUGAAGGACCAGGAGGUGGUGGUGACAGAGGCGGAUCUCCGAAAGAAGCCCAUCAAAAUGGGUGCACACCUGUCAGUCAUUGAUGCACUCAUGGCUGCCUUCAUGAUGGAAACGCUGAGCGGGGUGAAGUUGGCAGCGGAUACAGAGGAGAUCGCAAACCUGAGCCCGUCGAAACCAGUGCCGGCCAGCAUUGAAUUCAGGCUGCUGCUUUGGGUUGACAAGAUAAACCAGAAGCUGAAGGAUGUUUCUGAACACUUACAUCAGCUGAGGCAGCAGCCUGGUGUGGACAAUCCAACCAACCAAGGGUGUCCCACCAAGUGGUAUUGGAAGCUAGUUCCUCAUGCCAUCGCUUUUUGUUUGAAGGAGUCUGAGAAAAAGCCUCCUAUGAUUCGUUACAGGAAGGACAAAGUUUUGAGCAAACAGACUCCCUGCUUUCCCUCAGUAACACAGCUGAAGGACCUUGCCAAUGGAUGUGCAAUGGCAGCCCUCAUACACCAUUACUGUCCCGAUGUGCUGCGUUUGCAAGACAUUUGCCUGAAGGAAACCAUGUCCGUAGCCGACAGCCUUUACAAUCUCCAGCUGAUUGUCGACUUCACGCAGGAGUACCUGGGCAGUUGCUUUCACCUGGGUCUGGAGGACCUGCUCUACACCCCGCCACUGUUGAAGAUUAACAUCUUGACAUUUGUGGCUGAACUGUUCUGGUGGUUUGAAAUUCUGAAACCCGAAUUUGUCCGACCAAGAGAGAUUUCGGAUCUGGAAGAUCUGCCAGCGAGUGGACCCAACACACCCACUGGAGCUGACAGCGGCAGCCAUCUUCCUGCCUUCCUGCUUAAGCAACCGUUCCUGCCUGUGGUCCAACAGACUUCUCCAGGACGGAACACCUCAGGUCCUCUGCAUCACUCUACCUCAAUGUCUCAAGUCGAUUCUUUUGGAAAGGCAUGGACAAAGAAACAGCUGAGGAGACCGCUGUCGCAAGCUAUCUCCUUCAGCAUACCCUUCGGCCUGGACAGCGACGUGGAUGUGGUCAUGGGUAAUCCAGUUGGCUUGAUGAGGUCCAUCAGCUCCGACAGCCUGACCACCAAUGCCUACCGCUCGUCCAACAGUUUAGUGGGAGCGCCAUACGGUUGCGCUGAAGACCCGAGGAAGGAGGAGGCAGCCCCGGGUGACGAGAACGGACUUGUUUUGUCACCAGCAGCACCUCGCAGACGGUCACAGUUGUCCAAAGAGCAUCCUGGGCACCAGAAGGCUGUUGAAAAUGGGUUGCUCGACGAUCAUAACUACAUGGAGUUGCCAACCAUUGAAGAGGCAUUGAAGAUAAUUCAUAACUCAGAUAAACUUGAGCCCAGGCUCCGCCCCGAAGGAGCGCCAGAUGGCUUUUUCCUUCAUGGACCCAACGUGACAGAAGGGUUUCUCAAACCCAAGGUGAACCCAUCCAAGGUUGACCUGGAUCCUCUGUACAAAUCCACCAACUCGGCCAAGGACUCUGAGAUCCCUGCCCCAGGUGGGUAUCAGACAAUCAGCGGCGAUGGCCCCUCAGAAGACGGGAACUUUUCACGGGACGAUGACUCGGUCCUGAGAGACAACAGUCUGGACUCGGACGCGGAGGACUCUUCCAGGCCAGCCCUGGAGAAGGAUCUGACCAGCAAAGAUGAGUGCACGUCAUGCCUGAGCUCUCUGAGCUCACAGGCGGAGAGCGUAGCCUCCUCGGGUUCUGGGGUGAAGAUGACUAGCUUCGCCGAGAGGAAGAUGAAGAAGGUGACGCCCGACAGCACGGAACUGAACGACCAGGCCAUGGCGUCCUGGGCUCAGAGGGCGGACGAGAGCCCCGGCAGGAACCAGGCGCUGGCAUCCGAGAUGUCCCAGCUGGGCAUCCGGCUGGAGGAGAAAAGGCGGGCCAUCGAGGCGCAAAAGAAAAGGAUCGAGGCCAUCUUUGCCAAGCACAGGCAGAGAUUGGGCAAGAGCGCCUUCCUGCAGCUGAAGAAGAAGGAGGAGGGGGAGGAGGGCGGUGGGGAGACGGAGGAGAGUGGGCCCUCAACGGAGCCGGGCAGGAGGAAGAUGUCCCUGGAGGAGAGGCUGUCCAAGAUUGAGGAUGAUGAGGAAAGUGAGAGCCCGGCCCCAUCGGAGUUGGCGGGGAAAGGGAGCAGAGCAGGCCAGAAGGGCGCGGAGACCAUGGGCAAGAACCACGGGGAGAAGCACGUGAAGCUGAAUGUCCCAGAGUCACCGAAGGAGCCCGAGGCAGACGUGGACAUCGGGGAGUACAACAAUGCCGUGGCGAAGCUCAACUCGGCCCUGUCAUCGCUGCAGAUGGACAUGCAGAAACUUCAGCAGCAGCAGGAGACACUGAUGGAGAGGAAGAGUGCCCAGUCUUGGGUCAUCCCUGCCUCCAAGUCCUCCUCCUCCUCACAGAGGCCGACACGCGAGUUCCAGCCGCCCAAGUCCUCAGAGAUCUCAUCGCCCUCACCCUCACCCUCUCGUAAGCCUGUCCCUUCUGGGACCCGAUCACCCCAGGUGGCGCCGAAGAAGGCCAAUCCCACCCCUCCCAAGAGCCCACGGCACACCCGUCCCGUGGAGCUGAAGAUCACACCCCUGACCCGUGUCCUCACCCCGCCACAGAACGUUGACUCCUUGCCCCACCUCCGAAAAUUCUCCCCCAGCCAGGUGACCGUGCAGACCAAGUCUUCCAUUUGUUUUGGUGACGAGCAGGACGGGGAGCCCGACGUGGACACCAGGCCAAAGCUGAGGCCGGUUGGUCCGGUGGCAAAGGUCAGCAGCCAGACAAGUGAACCCUUGGUGGUGGAUCCGGUCAGUCCCGCCUUUGACCUUGAGAAUGAAGGCAACCUUAGGCCAGUAGGACCAAUUGUACCUCCAAAGACAAGCGAGCAACCGGAUGGUCAGUCCGAUGUUGGAAAGAAGGAAAAUGCCUCCUCUAGUAAAAGGACUAGUUUGAUCGAGAUAUCACUGUCCUCCCUGAAGGGGCCUGAAGAUGGUGAAGAUAAUCCAGAGAGCAGUAAAGACUCUACAAAUGACCAAAUGGACAUGGAGCAGAGGUCUGUUGGCUUCUUCUUCAAGGAUGAGGCCAAAGCAGAAGAGGAGAUGGCUCUAAAGCGAGCAGCCUUGAUGGAGAAACAACAGAAACGAACGGAAGAGUUUCGGAAGCGUCGGCUCUGGUUGGAUGCGGAGAAAGAACAGAACAGGCAGCAGGUGGAGGAGGAGAGACCUCAAGAGAAGAGCUUCACCAAGCAGGAGUACCUCCGGAGGCACCAGCUCAAGGUCAUGGAAGACCUGGACAAGGUUCUGAGGGCAAAGUCCCCAGCGAGCAGAGGGAGGAAGCCGCGUCCCAAAUCCUCGGUCUUCCGGGAUGAUUCUGUGUUGACUCGGAGUCCUGUCAAGGGGCUGCUAGGCUCCAGACUGAACAAAGUGUACUCACGGUCCACACUCUCUCUCUCCACCAUGGCCAAUGACUCCACCAACAGCCUGACUGUCAAGAAAAGCCCAAGGGCAGACUCCCCCUCAGCACUCCUGUCUCCCAACCGGCUGGGCAGCCACAAUGGAGAGAAGGAUUGGGAGAAUGCGUCGACGGCCUCCUCACCAGCUUCGAUUCCGGAAUAUACAGGUCCGAAACUCUACAAGGAACCCAGUGCCAAGUCCAAUAAGUAUAUAAUACAGAAUGCAAUUACUCGCUGCUGCCUGGCAGGGAAGGUGAAUGAGCCCCAAAAGAAUAAGAUAUUGGAGGAAAUUGAGAAAAGCAAGUCUAAUCACUAUCUGAUCCUGUUCCGUGACAACAGUUGUCAGUUCCGGGCUGUGUACACGUUUCCCCCAGAGUCCGAGGAGAUGCAUCGAGUGGCCGGAGUUGGACCCAAGGUCAUCACUAAAAACAUGAUCGAAGGGAUCUACAAAUACAAUUCUGACCGGAAGCAAUUCACCCAGAUCCCCAGCAAGACCCUGUCUGCCAGCGUUGACGCAGUCACUAUCCAAGGGCACCUGUGGCAGUCCAAGAGGCUGGGUACCCCCAAAAAGCCAUCCAAGUGAUGGACUCCUCCCCUCCCCAUCCCCUCUCCUGUACAGACGGACAAGUCAAAACUUUUAGGUCUUAAUUUGCCAACCACCCAUUUGCUUUCUCUUCCUAACCCCUCCCCACCCUUUUCUACUAUUUCUCAUGGAUCGUUAAGCUAUUCCUGGCCAUUUCUGCAUGUCGUUUCCAUUCAACUGACAGCAUCCAAACAAGCGAAUCGAUGUUUCUAUCACGUGGAUUGAAGGAGGUUACAAGUAUGACAUUGUGGCACCUGUAGAGAUUGUCCAAAGGAUUCACAAAGCGAUGGAGGUGGGAGCACUAGAGGAUAUUAUCCAAAACCUAUAAGCACUAACAGAUUUGUUAAGGAAUUUAACAAGGUCAAAAUAUCUUUCUAAAACAAUCUAGAUGUAUAAUUUUUUUUUCGAACUUGAUUCCUGAUGAUUACUACUGAUGACUGAAAUAAUGUCUGUGUAUAUAUUAGAGCUAUUUAAAUGAUUUAGCUGUUUGUAUAGAUGAAAUAUUUAAGGUUCUGCUUAUUGGAAAGAAUGGUUUGGGUGUUUUGCAAGUUACUGUACAUAACUUGUUGCAGUAUUUGUUGUAUAAAACAAAGUGCUGUUGAGGUUUUAUUAUUUCAGAUAGUCAAUGAAACCAUUCCGACCUGCCUGCUUUGUUGGAAGAAUGAACUAAGUAUCUUUAAUUGCUAGCUUGAGAAGCUGUAUAUCCUCAGAACUAAACGUAUCUCAGCAGAUACUGGUAAAUGUCAGGGUAGCCCCAUAGUUGAACUUCAGGCUCAAGCUGUGCACAUUGUGGUUGCAUCAGUGCUUGAAUUUGUCCAGGAUUGAGCAGGGCCUGGGUUGACUUUCCUGAUGGCAAACAAAAUCUUAGAUCUUCAGUUUGCAUUGAGUUAGUGUAAAACAUUGCAGGUCGCAGCCUACUGUGGAGUUUGAGUUGAUGAAACCAGGUCAAGUGGAAGCCAGUGGAUUCAGAUCCUGGGAAGCUACCCUUUGUGAACUCCUUCUUCUGAUUUUCUUAAGACGUCUUCAGGGUCAUUCAAUUGCUCCGAUGUCAUCUCUGUUGCUUUUCUGUCUGAGAAAGGGUGUGUGAAUGAGCUGACAAUGUUGUUUUCCAGUGGAUUGACUCAGUUGAAAUCCAGCCUGGCUGCGGUCUGGAAGUGAAGCUGAUUUCCAGGUAACUAGGCCAACAUUGCACCUGAACCAUGUGGAAAUCUCUGUAGAACAUGUAGAGUAUUCCACUUCAAAGGCUCAGGUCUGCAUCAGCACAACAUCCAGUCCGGAAUGAGUCAGACUAUGGACCCCAAUCCAUUGCAACAUAGUUUAAUUAACAUUGUGGUGGUCUGCAACAGUUCUAUUGACUUUCAGAACACCAGUGUAGAAAACCAUAUCUACAAUUUUUUUAAAAAAUGUUAUUUAUUUCUUUAUAAUUUUGUUAAACUUGGUUCUCUUCCUUGUGAACAUGUGUGUAGAGAUUAGGGAAAUGUGUUCCAGUUUCUCUCAGUCUAGCACAUGAAGCAGGUAGUCUGUGCUGCCUUGGUCAUUCCCACGUCACUGAAUACAGUUUGCAAGUGACCUUGUUUGGGAGUUUUUUUUAAUAUAAGUACCACCAGUAUCCCUCAAUUUUUCACCUGCCCACUCCCCCACCAAAUUAAAAAUAACUUGUGCUAUUCUAUCAUUUUUUAUUAAAACCUUGCCAAAACUUGUCAAUCCUGCCCAUUCCAGAGUGGUAUGAGGCUAGCAGGAAAGCCACUUGGAUGGAAUUUGUGACCUCCUGGAGUUUUUCCAUUGUCUUCCUGUACCCCCUGCCCCCCACAUCAAGCUUCCUGUAAUCUGUCAUAUGAACCUGCCAGCUUCCAGUCCUCAUACCCAUUUGGUUGGAGUACAUGUCGAGGAUGCAUGCGCUCAGUGGCCUGAUGUGUGAACGGGAUGGUCAGACCAAGGGGAAUUGAGGGUAAACAGACCAAAAGGGAGGAGUGAUUUUGUACACCAGUGUUUAUGAGAAUCAUGAAUUCCUGAACUAAUUAUGCACUUUUUUAUUUAAUGUAAAGUUCUGGCACAAUUUUCUUAAAACCAUGAACUGGAACUCUGUAAACAGUUAGCAUCUAGCUUUGUUGAAAUUACUUCACAUCUGCAACCAAAUAUUUGGAUCUUAGUUCUACUUUGUAACAUUCCAUUGGACAGAAAGAUUGUGUAUUUUUUUU